ACCAAUGAUUCACUGACAAGUGAGGAGCUUGCAGUCUCACAGUUGAUGGGUUUCACUUGCAGUUUAAUUGCUGUGUCAGACUAUAAAUACGUUCAGAGAUGAGUGUCAAGUGCUAAAGAAUUUUUCAGUGAGUGCAUGCUUGCUUACAGAUCACUACUUUUCCCCCUCUCCCAGUAUUUUCUUCUCUCUCAGAUACGGCCAAGUGGAGACGAUGAUCUCCUCAGAAAGUUCCACCUCUGCACCUCUCUAGAACAAACAGCUUUUUAGCUGAAAGAGAAAACCAAACUCAAACCUACCAUUUGUUUUCACAAAUUAGGAUCCCUUUUCUCUCUCUCCUCCUCUCUUUCUCUCUCUAAAACCUCCCACCUCCAUUUUCUAGUGUGCAGCUCCAAUUCCUUGUUCCUAACCACCCUACCAUUCUCUAUCUUCUUUUUUCUGAUUUUUUGGUGUUUGUUUUUUCUUUAUUUGUUUGCAUUGGUUGGUUUUAAACUACUACUAGUUCCACAAGAAAACAGAUAAAAAUCCAAUCUUUACUAUUUUUUUCUGUCAAAUUUCUGGAUUUUGUCUACUUGGGUGAAGUGGGGAGGGCGUUAAUCCACCUGGGGUUUCUUUAUUUUCCUGGAAAGAAUGGGUUUUGUAUAAUUUCUAGAGUUGAGUGGCAGUCAUGGAUCUGGAGGGUGUGAUCCGCAGCCAUCCAAUCAAGAAAGAUUCAUGGAUGACGGUGUUAACUCUGGCUUACCAGAGCCUGGGAGUAGUCUAUGGAGAUUUAAGCACGUCUCCUCUCUAUGUCUACAAAAGCACUUUUGCAGAAGACAUUCACCACUCAGAAACCAAUGAGGAGAUUUUUGGGGUUCUCUCGUUUGUGUUCUGGACGCUGACGCUGAUUCCAUUAGUGAAAUAUGUGUUUAUUGUGCUUAGAGCCGACGACAAUGGCGAAGGUGGGACUUUUGCUCUGUAUUCUCUGCUUUCCCGGCACGCCCGGGUGAGCUCCUUGCCCAAUUGCCAGCUGGCGGAUGAGGAGCUGUCGGAGUACACAAAAGAUGGGGUUGUUCCGACAGCGAACAGCGCUUUCGGGUCGAGUUUGAAAUCGACAUUGGAGAAGCAUAAGGCGCUGCAAAAGGUGCUGCUUGUUCUGGCUUUGAUUGGAACUUGUAUGGUUAUUGGUGAUGGGGUGCUCACACCAGCAAUUUCUGUGUUUUCCGCUGUUUCGGGAUUGGAGCUCUCCAUGUCGAAAGAGCAGCAUCGUUAUGUUGAAGUCCCUGUUGCUUGUGUCAUCCUCAUAUUUCUGUUUGCCCUUCAACAUUACGGGACUCACCGAGUAGGGUUCUUGUUUGCACCAGUUGUGAUCACAUGGCUUUUGUGCAUCAGUUCCAUUGGUGUAUACAACAUCAUUUACUGGAAUCCCCAUGUUUAUCAGGCACUCUCUCCAUACUACAUGUACAAAUUUUUUAAGAAGACUCGAAAAGGAGGUUGGAUGUCCUUGGGCGGUAUACUGUUGUGCAUGACAGGCUCGGAAGCUAUGUUUGCUGAUCUUGGACACUUUUCACAGACGUCAAUCAAGAUUGCUUUCACGUUUGUGGUUUACCCGUCCUUGAUUCUAGCAUACAUGGGACAAGCUGCAUACCUUUCUAAGCAUCAUAUCAUAGAAAGUGAUUAUCGAAUUGGAUUCUAUGAAUCAGUUCCCGAGAAAUUAAGAUGGCCCGUCUUGGCAAUAGCCAUACUUGCUGCAGUGGUGGGAAGUCAAGCAAUCAUAACUGGAACUUUCUCGAUAAUCAAACAAUGUUCUGCUUUGGGUUGCUUUCCAAGGGUCAAGAUUGUCCACACAUCUUCGAAAAUACACGGUCAAAUUUACAUCCCUGAGAUUAACUGGACUUUGAUGUUUCUAUGCUUGGCUGUUACCAUUGGUUUUAGAGACAAAGCCAUGGGAAAUGCAUCAGGUUUGGCCGUUAUAACUGUCAUGCUGGUAACUACCUGCCUUAUGUCUCUAGUCAUAGUCUUGUGCUGGCACAAAAGCUCUUCUGGGGCAAUUUGCUUUAUAUUAUUCUUCGGCUCCCUUGAGGCACUCUACUUCUCAGCAUCUCUCAUGAAGUUUCGUGAAGGGGCUUGGGUCCCGAUUGCUCUUUCAUUCAUCUUCUUAAUGGUUAUGUAUGUUUGGCACUACGGCACCUUCAAGAAAUACGAGUUUGACGUCCAAAAUAAAGUCUCCAUCAACUGGCUCCUCAGUUUGGGUCCUACUCUAGGGAUUGUUCGAGUCCGGGGGAUUGGCCUUAUACACACUGAGCUCGUCUCUGGGAUCCCGGCUAUUUUCUCUCACUUUGUUACCAACCUCCCUGCUUUCCAUCAGGUUGUAGUUUUCCUCUGCAUCAAAUCCGUCCCAGUCCCACAUGUCAGACCCGAGGAAAGAUUCUUAGUGGGAAGAGUUGGUCCAAAGGAAUACCGGCUAUAUAGAUGCAUAGCACGCUAUGGUUACCGUGAUGUUCACAAGGAUGACAUGGAAUUCGAAAGAGAUCUGAUUUGUAGUAUUGCAGAGUUCAUUCGGUCAGAGAGACCAGAAUGCAAUCUGAGUCUAGUAAAAUUGGAAGAUGAUGAGAAAAUGACAGUUGUUGGGACUUCAUCAUCAAAUUUAGACGGCAUAAGAAUGUCUGUAGCUGAACCGGAUUCCUCCGAAAUAGCAAGCACCUCAGAGUUGCAGGAGAUAGGGCCUACCGAAAAGGCAAAGAAGAGAGUGAAGUUCGUUGUUCCAGAAACCCCACGAAUCGACAGGGAAGCAGUAGGGGAGCUGCAGGAACUGAUGGAAGCAAGGGAGGCAGGAAUGGCAUUUAUAUUAGGCCACUCUUACGUGAAGGCGAAGAGAGGAUCAAGUUUUAUGAAGAAAAUAGUGAUCAAUUUCGGGUACGAUUUCUUAAGGAGGAAUUUUCGAGGGCCGAGUUAUGCUUUGAGCAUUCCUCAUGUAUCUACUCUGGAGGUUGGGAUGGUCUACCACGUAUAAUUCUGUGUAUACGGUACAACUUUGUAAUCAAAUGUUUUUCUUUGGGUUUGUUUUAUUUUUCUUGAUAUUGUUGCUGUUGCGGUCAUAUUUUAUGCUGCCCUUUGCACUGUACAAACUUGUAGAGUUCUUAGGCAAUAAUGCAAAGUGCUUCUGGUGGUACUGACUUCUGAGCAUGCUUUUCUCAGCAGUACACAUAUGCCAACAUCAAUAAGAGAGUUGGGCCAAGUUUUCGGCUUUUUAGUU